AUGACCAACGGCUCCAACGGGGCAUCGUCGUUUGACAAAAGCAGGCAUCAUGGUCAUGAGGAGAGGACCAUGUCCCACCCCCAGUCUGCGUCGCCCAUCGCCGUCGUGGGCAUGGCCUGCAGAUUCCCCGGCGGCGUCACGAGUCCGGAGGGGCUCUGGGACCUCUGUGCCAGCGGUCGAGACGCCUGGUCCCCCAUACCCGAGUCGCGGUUCGACGUGAAAUCAUACUACGACCCGAAUCCUGCGAAGAGUGGUAGAAAUCAUGCCACCGGGGGUUAUUUCUUACACGAAGACGUGGCUCUGUUCGAUGCCGCAUUCUUUCGAUUCACGUCCGAAGUAGCCAGUGCAGCGGAUCCUCAGCUUCGGCUGCUAUUGGAGGUGACGUACGAAGCAACAGAGGACGCUAAACUCGCGGGGCCGGGCCCCAACACGUCGGUGUUCGUCGGUUGCUACACCAAGGAUUACCACGACGUUCAGACGCGCGAUCCCGAGACGAUGCCGCCGUCCACGCUCACCGGAAACUACACGGCCAUGUUCUCCAACAGGGUCUCCCACUUCUACGAUUUCCAGGGAGCCAGCAUGUCCAUCGACACCGGUUGCUCGGCCGCCCUCGCCGCCUUGCACCAGGCAUGCCAGACCAUCCGGUCGGGAGAGUCCCACGUUUCCAUCGUCGGAGCUUCGAAUGCGAUCUUGAAUCCAGACAUCUACAUCGCCAUGUCCACUCUUGGCAUGGUGGGCGCAGAUGGACGUUGUUACGCGUGGGAUUCGCGGGCGCAGGGCUACGGCCGUGGAGAAGGGGUGGCCGUGCUUUCCCUCGAUGCGGCCGUGCGAGACGGCGACCGGGUGCAUGCCACGGGACUGAACCAGGACGGUAGAACAACCAGCAUCACCUCUCCCUCCAUGGACGCGCAGAUCCGGCUGAUACGACAUUGCUACCAACGAGCGGACACGGGGUACGUGGAGGCGCACAUGACCGGGACGCAGGCGGGGGAUGUUACCGAGGCCGAAUCACUUGCCCGGACGUUCGGUGCAAGCCGCACACAAGACGACCCCGUCUGGGUCGGCUCGGUCAAGACCAAUGUCGGGCAUACCGAGGGCGUCAGCGGAUUGGCUGGCAUUAUCAAGACUGCGAUGGCCAUGAAGUACCGAGCCAUUCCGCCGAAUCAGAACUACGUCGUGGGGAACGACAAGAUUCCCCUUGACGACUGGCACUUGCGAGUGCCGACCAAUGUGGUGCCCUGGCCACGCAACAAACCCUUGCGCGCGUCCAUCAGCAACUUUGGCUACGGAGGGACAAACGCACACGUCAUCCUCGAAGGUGCGCCUGAAACGCGGCUCGCAAAUGGCAACGGUCGCAGGACAACGACAGCGGACGACGCCAUGGCCGGAAACCUGGCUGCUUGCAUCCGGAAGAGCAUAGAGGGCGAGAUGGAUCUGCAGCCUGCCGACAUCGCCUUCACGCUCAGUCACCGGCGAUCGCGCCUCUCCUAUAUCACUACAGUGCGUGCUAGCAACUUGGCCGAGUUGGCCGACGAUCUGGACAAGACGGCGGCUCUCAAGGUAGGACACGCGCCCGCAAAUAAGCGGGCGCCGCGACUCGGCUUUGUGUUCAACGGUCAAGGCGCGCAAUGGCAUGCCAUGGGCCGAGAAUUGCUGUACGCAUACCCCGUAUUCGCAGAGGCGAUCGACGAGGCCGACCGAGUCCUGCGGGAGAUGUACGGCGCCGACUGGUCGUUGCGCGAGGAACUGACGCGCGAUGCCAAGUCCAGUCGCGUCUCGGAGAUUCACCUGGGCCAGCCCAUCACCGUGGCGCUGCAGGUGUGCCUGGUGGUGUUGCUCCGCUCAUGGGGCAUCCGUCCAUCGGCCGUCACGAGCCAUUCCAGCGGCGAAAUCGCGGCCGCAUAUGCCGCUGGGGCGCUCUCGUUCGAGCAGACGCUCGGCGUGACAUACUGGCGUGGCGAGCUCGCGCGCACUCUGCUGGACCCGAAAGCCUCGGGCGUCGUUGGUGGCAUGGCUGCGGCCGGCGUGGGACCCGACGAGGCGGAAAGAUACGUAAGGGAAACGACUUCUGACGGCCGCGUCGUGGUGGCGUGUGUCAACAGUCCCGAGAGCGUCACUCUUUCGGGUGACAUAGAUGAUCUGGACGAAGUUGUGAGGCGUCUCGAGGCCGACGGCAAAUUCGCUCGCAAGCUCAGGGUCGCGCUGGCAUAUCACUCACCCCAUAUGCGGCGCAUGGAGUCUGCCUACCUGGAGAAGCUGCGGGACAUCGUACCAUCGAGCCCGACUUGGCCCGGUGACGUUAGGUACACGUCCCCUGUCACGGGGGGCGUCGUCACGUCCGCCCAAUCGCUGUCAGCAGAGCACUAUGUGCGGAACCUAACGAGCCCGGUUCUCUUUAGCCAGGCAUUUGAGGCCAUGUGCUUCGGUGAGACCGACGCAAGCUCCGCCCAAGUAGACGCCAUUGUUGAAAUAGGACCGCAUGGCGCUCUGGCGGGUCCCAUGAGACAGAUCUUGCGAGGCCGCAAGAUGGCUUACAUGUCCUGUCUUCAGCGAAAUGCGAAUGCCGUGGAGACCAUGCAAGACGUGGCCGGAGAACUCGUCCGUCUCGGAUAUGCCGUAUCUUUAUCGGCCAUCAACAAAUACCCAGAGGCAAACGGCGAGGAGGCCGUGACCACCUCGAACAUCAUGAAAUUUGUGCCCGGCCUGCCGACUUAUCCGUGGAAUCACUCGAGUCGCUACUGGAUCGAAUCGCGGGUCAACAAGGACAUCCGCCACAAGAGAUUUCCACCCCACGAGCUCCUUGGUAUGCCUGUUUCGGGCGCAACGACACCGGCAUGGCGAAACUUUAUACGUCUCGUCGACCUUCCUUGGAUCGGCGACCAUCGUGUCGAUGGCAUGGUUGUGCUUCCUGGCGCGGCCUACGUAUCCAUGGCCAUCGAGGCCGUUCGUCUCGUCACGGAUCCGUCUGAAGACAAGAUUCGCGGCUAUCGUGUCAAAAACGUCGAGUUUCUAAGCGCCUUAGUGGUUCCCGAGUCGGAAAAGUCGGUCGGAGGUGUCGAGAUGUACUUCCGUCUGGGACCGUCACGACGCGAGGGGGACAAGGCUGAUGGCUGGUACGAAUAUGAGGUGCGCUCUCUGGGGGCCAAUGACAUGUGGGUGGAAAACUGUGGUGGUCUCGUCUCGGCCGUGGUGGAGCAGCAAGAUAUCGAGGACGCCGUCGCACCGAACGUCGACUCCUUCCUCAAGACACAGGAAUCCAAGGUACGACGAGUGGCCGGUUCGGCACUUCGGGCAGAUGUCGCCAGUAUGGGAGUUCAAUAUGGACCGGCCUUCCAAGGCAUCGCAGACGUGGUGGCGUCGAAAACCCUCAAAAGAGCGGCAGCCGACUUGGACAUCCUCGAGCUGGAGUCUCCGUCAGCGUCGCCAUACUUCGCCUCCUACGUUAUCCACCCCACGACGCUGGACUGCAUCAUCCAAGCUACUUACGCAAACUUGCCCCCAGACACGGGCAAGACGUCCAUGGUGCUUCCUAGGUCGCUCCAGGAUGCUUUUGUGCCUCGAUCGCUAAACAGAGGGGGGAGGGAGCGCCUGGCGGUUUUCAGUGAGUUGCGGAGUGCGCAACGCAGAGGCUUCACCUCGGACGUAUCCGUCGCGAACUCGCAACAACAAGGUGAUAGCCGCCGUGAGACCCCUCUCGUGAUCAAUCAGCUGUUCUGCCAGGCCAUUCCCCGUGAUGAGGCUGAAAGUGGCCUGGAAAGAAUUCCGCUCUAUGAAAGCCGUUGGGUACCGAUAGUGAGCCGCGGUGGCAUCCCCUCGUCUAUCAAAGAAUACAUGCGCACUACACUAGCAGGCGAAGAGCUGGACUACGAGAAAAAGGUGGUCCGCGCAUCCUAUCACCUCAUUGCCGAUGCUGCGGCUGAGCUGGAGGGGCAGCCAUCGGGCAGUUGGACAGCACACGGGCACGCCUCAUUUGCAUGGAUGCAGAGCGUGCUGGCCCGUGGUAAGAGCGGGCAACUGAUGCCUGGAAGCAAAGCCUGGGGGCGAGCAAGCAAGGGACUCAAGCAAAAGUUGUUCGACGAGCUCCGGUCCACGGGUGGGACGCACGGGGGUCUCCUUGUUCGCAUUGGUCAGAAACUGGCACAGAUUGUGCGAGGAGAGGUAACGCCUGCCGCCCUCUUAGGGGAGGACAACGAUGAUCUCAUGAGGCAAUACAACAGCGGACUACCCAGCCUCCAAACUCGCAGCUACAAGCAACUUGCCAGGAUAGCGAAUGUCCUUGCUCUUCAGCAACCGGGAGCGGCUGUUCUCGAGGUUGGUGCGGGCAACGGGGCAGCGGCCGGAGCCCUGUUGGAAGCAUUCGGACAGGGAGGUAAUGGUGGGCUGCUCAUCGACCGAUACAUAUUCUCGGACGCCUCAUCAGUGCAUUUCGAGGCAGCCAAGCAGAAGUUGGCCAGGUGGACCAAGGUGCUCGAGUUCCGGGAACUCGAUCUCGGAAAAGAGGGCCCGACGGAGACGUCGCACGACGUAGCAGCCGAACGGAGUAUAGACCUGGUGGUUGCAUCCAUGAACCUACACGCAGUCAACAAUCCGAAGACGGCAUUGGAAAACAUGCGGAAACUGCUGAAGCCCGGCGGCAAGCUUCUACUUGUUGUGAAGACGCACGUCAGUCUCGACGCGCAGCUCAUCUGUAGCACGCUCCCGGGUUGGGAACAGCAGGGUGAGCAGCCGGAAUUCGUCAUGGUGCUAGAAGCGUGGGAUGAGGCUCUUCGCGCCAAUGGAUUCACGGGCGUCGAAUUCGACAUUGCUGAUUGCGAGCAGCCGCAAUUCCAGAGAUGGACCGUUAUGUUAACAAGUGUCGCGCCUGAACAAGAAGCGUCCGCCGUGAACCCUAGCAGCCCAUCCAACCCCAGUCUUGUGACAAUCGUUCAUGCGGAAUCCACGCUUUCACCGUCGCAGCAGAAAUGGCUCUCACAGCUAGGCGAGGCCAUUUAUAUGACAACGGGCAUCCGGGUCACCCUGGAGAGCCUCGAGGAGGUACAACCAGGCGAAAGCCAAGUACACAUACUAGCUGCAGAUGUAGCCAAGAAUGGUUGUGUGCUGGAUGAUAUGGACGAGUCCAUGUUCCAUAAGCUCCGUCGAGUGCUUCUGGAGAGUCGGGGAGUUUUGUGGUUGUCCAACGGCGCCGGUCCAGACGCCUCCGCCACACCCGCCUCUUCUCAGGUGCAGGGCCUGCUGCGAACUCUCCGCCAUGAAAACGUGGACAGAUCCUACGUCUUGCUGGACUUGCCCACAACCUGGGCGGAAGAAGCGGACGUGGUCAUAAAGCAUGUUGUCGGGGUGUUGCAGCAGACAUUGCUGAACAAGGAGUUUGGCCACGCCGACGCCGACUGGGAGUAUGCGAUUCAGGACUCGGUCGUCCAUGUGCCACGGAUCUUCCCGGCGAUGGGCAGUAAAGAGGAGUCCAAGACCAAGACCUUCCAGCCCUUUCAGGAUCCCCAUCGGCCACUGGUGUGGGAGGAGGCAUUGGAUUCAGGUGAAGGUGGCUUCUGGUGUGGUGCUGCCAAUGAGCUCGCUGACGGUGUCGUUGAGAUCGAGACGCGGGCUUUCAGCCUGGAUCCUCGCGUCCAUCAUCACCGCACUGCGACAGAGGCCGACGACGAAGAAGCCACGGCUGUACACGAGGUAGCGGGCAUAGUCACCCGACUUGGGCACAACACGGACGCCAGUGGGUUCCAGCUCGGCGACAAGGUCUGCGGUGUGACUAAGGGGCCAUACGCAAGCAUAGCACAAGCGAGUUGGACCAGCGUCGCGAAAAUUCCUGAUGGCCUAUCCUUCGAGGAGGCCGUCUGUGCCCCGCUGGCGUAUUCUGGGGCUUAUUACGCCCUUGUGCACGUGGCAAGAUUGAGAAGGGGCGACAAGGUCCUGAUCGUGCAAGCCGAUGGUGGAGCUGAUGGCACGGCGGGUCUGGCCGUUGCAAAUCACGUAGGCGCUGACGUGUGGUUUGCUACCACCGACUUGACGGAGGCCGAGACACACCGUCUCAUGGACACAUACCACCUUGCUCCAAGUCAAAUUCUUAAAAGCCGUUACGCGAGGGAAUUAGGUGAUGCCAUCAAGGGGCAGACUGGCGGCCAGGGCGUAGAUGUGGUUCUCACCGGCCCGACGUCAUUGCUGUCCGCACCUCUGCUGCAGUCUGCUCUAAAUAGCAUCGCGAAUUUUGGUCGCUUUGUCGAAAUCGGUGGCUGGAACAAGAGCCUAGACGUCGCCCAGCUUGCCGCAAGAUGCGCUACGUAUGCGCGAGUGGAUAUGAUACAGCUGAGCGACCACAAUGGUCUGCUUAUGAAGGAGUCAUUGGAUGCGGGCCUAGGCAUCAUCUUUCACAACGCCGUGUCUUCCUCGUCGGGGUCUUCCUCACCUCUUACCCCCGUGACAAGGUUCUCGCCCUCGCAGAUGAGUCAAGCUGUGCGGCAUUUGGAACAGCAACGGCAGCGACGCAAGGCGGGCAAGGUGGUCAUUGCGGCCCAGGACGACAGUCCGGUCCAGGUUAUGUCUCCUGUGCGCCGCCCACUUCGUCUCGAUGAUAAGAGAGCCACUUACCUGAUCGUUGGCGGGGUGGACGGUAUUGGCGGGGCCAUUGCAUCUUGGAUGGUGUCCAAAGGCGCCCGGAGUGUGGUCCUCAUUUCCCGCAACGCAGAGACACACCCUCAGGCGGAGGGACUCGUCGAAGAUGCCGCGCUACGAGGUUGUCGCCUCCAAGUCCUCAACUGUGAUGUAUCGAGUGAGGAGAGUCUUGUCCGACUUCUCCGUCAAGUCUCGGCCACAUCGCCUCCGGUCCGUGGCGUUAUUCACGCUGCCAACGUUCUAGCGGAUACCGUGUUCGAUCGCAUGUCCUUCGCGCAAUGGCGAAAAACCGUGGGGCCCAAGGUCGCCGGCACGAGGAAUCUGCACAAGCACCUACCUCAAGAUCUGUCCUUUUUCGUGCUUCUGUCGUCAGUCAUCGGUGUGAUGGGGCACGUCUCCCAGGCCAACUACGCCGCUGCCAACGCGUUCGAGGACGCCUUGGCCAGCCACCGCGUGGCUCUCGGCCUCCCUGCCGUCAGUCUGGCUCUGCCGGCCGUUUUAGGCGUUGGAAUGGUGGCGUCAGACGAAGAUGCUCGGCAUCGUGUCGAAGCACUUGGCACCGAGUCGAUACAUGUCGACGCUGUAUUUCGCCUUAUCGAAGACGCCAUCCAGCACGACACGCGCCUCCAGCAUAGCCAGCGAUCCAGUCGGUUCGAUCAGUCACCUGGUGAAGCCCGGAGGAUCGUUGGCCUGCUGCCGUGGAGCAGUCUGACGCCUGAGGCUGGCAUUCGUCGCGAUCGGCGUUUCGGCACGUUGCGCCUCGUUCAAACGGCAUCAUCCUCCCAAUCGACACAGACUUCCGAGGCCACCUCACUCGACCCCACCGCGAUUCUCGUCCGCGCACUCGGUCACAGCAGCAUCGAUCGAGGCGAGAAAUCAAUGCAAGAAGUGAAGGGCACGGCACAGGUAGCAGAAGCACUGGCCGCGCGGCUGGCGGCGAUUUUCAACGUCGAUGUCGCGAGCGUGGACCCAGAACAGGGCGUUUCUGUUCUCGGCGUCGAUUCUCUCGUUGCCGUCGAAUUGCGCAAUUGGCUUGCUUUGGCAGGUCAGGCGAAGCUGUCUAUUUUCGAGGUCCUACAGAGCGCCUCGCUCAAUCAGGUUGCUGAGUUGAUCAUCAGGCGAAGUGCUCUGGUGAAGUAACCGCUAGAGGCUCAGCGUGCCACUGCUGAAGAUGCGGCCAGCCAGCCAGCUGUCUGCCAAGUGACAGACUCUGUGCAACAAUAGAUCAAUACAUUUUCCAGGGUAGGAGCGAUCCAACAAGGCGAGGAUGAGGUUUCACUGCGGAGUAGACUAUGGAAGUCUGGGACUUAUUUCAUCGAUAACACUGUAUUGCAGCGAUGGGUGUCUCAUGAUGCAUUCAUGUACCUUGGGCUCUUGUGGCUACCUAUUCUCUUAUUUCGUAAGAACUCGAUCAGAGUUGCAACC